AUGACGGAACAGCACCACACUCGCAUCAGCGUGCUGAUCUCGGGCAGUGGCUCCAACCUUCAGGCCCUUAUUGACGCAACCAAGGAUGGCCGCCUCCCCAACUGCACCAUCGUCCGCGUAAUCUCGGACAAGAAGGCAGCUUACGGUCUGGAGCGUGCUAAGCAGGCCGGCAUCCCGACCCACUACCACGGCUUCCCUCCGUACAAGGAGAAGUUCCCCCAGCUGUCGCGCCAGGAGCAGCGCCAGGAAUUCGACAAAGACCUGUCGAAGCUGAUCUUGAGCGACAACCCGGAUAUUGUAGUCUGCGCUGGCUACAUGCUCAUCCUGACCGAGCCCCUCCUCCAGGCUCUCGUGGAUGCGAAGGUGCCUAUCAUAAACUUGCACCCCGCGCUGCCCGGUGAAUACAACGGCACUCAUGCCAUUGACCGUGCUCAUGCCGACUGGAAAGCCGGCAAGAUCACCCGCACGGGAGUCAUGAUCCAUUAUGUCAUUUUGGAGGUGGAUAUGGGCACGCCGAUUUUAACCAAGGAGAUUCCAUUCGUGGAAGGCGAGGACGACAAGCUCGAGGCCUUUGAGGAGAAGCUCCACAAGGUCGAGUGGGGCGCCAUUGUGGAGGGAACCAGGACGGCCAUUGAGAGGUUGUGGACUGAAAAGUCUAAAUGA